AUGUUUAACAAGAAACUUAAAAUCAGCUUUUUGACAAAAGUUUUUGCUUACUUGAUCCCACAUUUGAAAUAGAAGGAAUUUACAACAGAUAUCAUGUCUAUCGGUGAGAAUAAUAACCCCUUGAUACGCUCAAAAGUACUCAAGCCAAACGUCAGGCUAGCUAUCCAUCUGCUAGAUAGCAGUAAUGACAUUGUAAAUAUGCAGUCAACAAAUUCUAGCAGUAGUGGGAAUAAGAACUCUAAUCCAGAUAUAACCUAUGCUAUGUUCCAUAAUAUAGAUGCAGGGUUGCUAUUUGCAGGAGAUAGUAGAGGAAAGCUACAUUACUUUGAUCUAAAUUAAUUAAACCCUCAGGAUAAUUAUUGUUCCCCUUCUUUGAGUUUUGAUUUAUGUUAAAAUGCCUCAAUACAUCAUUUGAGUUUGCCUUAGCAAUACAACAAUCAUAAUCUAUUUAGUGUCUCUCUAGGAUUAAAUGGAGGAAUAGCUUUGUUUGAUAUGCGUGAGGGUGAGAAAGUACUUCAAUUGAGAGAUAUCCAAGCUAAAAAGACCAAGUUUUAUCCAGAUAAUACUAAUUAUUUAGGUGUGCUCACAGUUGAGGGCAGUUUAGAAUUAUAUGAUGUUAGAAAUAUGACUGGUUGCAUAAAUAUUUAUAAUGAGCAGUACUAUAAGGAUGAAGCAAAGAGGGAAGCUGAAAAAAUUAUUGAUAUACAUAUGAAGGAAUAACUCGUUCAAAUGAAGAAAUAAUAUCUUCAAGAUGGAAAUAAGAGAAAAUAGAAGGAGGAGUUAAAGUAUCAGACAAAGCAAUAAAUUGAUAUAAAAAACAUGAUACAACAAUCUUUAGAUUAGAAUAAUCAAACUAAAAAGCAAGUAAAUAAUAUUGAACACUUUGUAGUUAAGGAAUGUAUGGAUAAAUUUAAACUGUAAAACUUUCGCAGGUCAAUUGAGAUUGAGAAUGAGAUUGUUGAUUUUGAUUUUUACAGCAAUGUUAAGAUUAUCACAAUGACUGGGCUAGGCAGUAUUAAACAUUUCGAUUUUCUUUCUAGCAAUUAAGAACAUAAAAAUAACCAUAUCUUUGAUACUAAUAAAUCAUUACUAGAUAAUUUAUUCUCAAAGGUUAAUAUCGGAGGUUAAUAUAAAAUUAUACCUGCAAAUAAUAGAACAAUUUAUGAUAGCAAUAAUUUAUUAAUGGGAAGUGGGAGUAUGAGUGAUAUUUACUUGCUGAUGAGGCCAAAUUAGAUUUAUAUUUAUGAUGUUAAAAGAGAUAUUAUAAGAUUAGCAUGUGAAACAGCUAUAACUAAAUAUCAAGAUAUGCUCUUGGAAGGACCUUAAUUGAGCUUAAACGCUAAUAAAUAUUUAAAUAACUACGAUGUUGAAAGCAGAGAUAAUCAUGAGAAUUGCGGAUUCUUGAUAGGCACAAGCAAUUCUGAUGCUUUGAGAAUGUAAUUUUCAUAAUGA